GUCAUUUUCUGUCUAUUCUCUGCACAGCGCCACUGUCCAAACCUACCAUUGUCACCUCCAACAUUACUGCAGUGGAGACCAAGGACUUCUCAUUGACAUGCCAGGCUACAGGUCAAAUUCACGCUUACCAGUGGUUCAUAAAUGGAGUUGCCCCAGCUGGUAGCAGGAUACAGCUGUCGCCAGAUAAGAGGACACUUACUCUCAGCAGGCUCACAAGAAGAGAUAACAAAGGGCCAUAUGAGUGUGAAAUCCAGAAUCCAUUUUCUAGCAAUAGGAGUGAUCCAUUCCCACUGAAUGUUACCUAUGGCCCUGAUAUUGCCACAAUUGACCAUAUAAGCGAUCAGUUCGCAACGGGGAUAAAUGUUACCUUGAGCUGUGUUGCUGAUUCUAACCCACCAGCACAAUUCACUUGGUUACAGAAUGGACAAUCUGUCAGCAACUCUGCCUCAUUUUCUAUUAUUACAUCCCUGAAUCAUAUUGGAAACUAUACCUGUAUUGCAACUAACUCAUUUACUGGCUUGACGCGCACUGCAAACAAGACUCUUAUGAUCUAUGCGCCAGUGUCCAAACCUACCAUUGUCACCUCCAACAUUACUGCAGUGGAGACCAAGGACUUCUCAUUGACAUGCCAGGCUACAGGUCAAAUUCACGCUUACCAGUGGUUCAUAAACGGAGUUGCCCCAGCUGGUAGCAGGAUACAGCUGUCGCCAGAUAAGAGGACACUCACUCUCAGCAGGCUCACAAGAAGAGAUAACAAAGGGCCAUAUGAGUGUGAAAUCCGGAAUCCAUUUUCUAGCAAUAGGAGUGAUCCAUUCACACUGGAUGUUGCCUAUGGCCCAGAUAUUGCCACAAUUGACCAUAUAAGAGAUCAGUUCGCAAUGGGGAUAAAUGUUACCUUGAGCUGUGUUGCUGAUUCUAACCCACCAGCACAAUUCACUUGGUUACAGAAUGGACAAUCUGUCAGCAACUCUGCCUCAUUUUCUAUUAUUACAUCCCUGAAUCAUAUCGGAAACUAUACCUGUAUUGCAACUAACUCAUUUACUGGCUUGACGCGCACUGCAAACAAGACUCUUAUGAUCUAUGCGCCACUGUCCAAACCUACCAUUCUCACCUCCAACAAUACUGAAGUGGAGACCAAAGACUUCUCAUUGACCUGCUAUGCUACAGGUCAAAUUCACGCUUACAAGUGGUUCAUAAACGGAGUUGCCCCAGCUGGUCGCAGGAUACAGCUGUCGCUAGAUAGGAGGACACUCACUCUCCGCAGUCUCACAAGAAGCUUUAACAAAGGGCCCUAUGUGUGUGAAAUCGAGAACCCAUUUUAUCACAAUAGGAGUGAUCCAUUCACACUGGAUGUUGCCUAUGGCCCAGAUAUCGCCACAAUUGUACAUUCAGCAGAUGAGUACCCUACUGCUGCAAAUAUUACCUUGAGCUGUGUUGCUGAUUCUAACCCUGCAGCACAAUUCACUUGGUUACACAAUGGACAACCAGUCAGCAACUCAGCCACAUUUUCUAUUAUUGCAUCCCUGAGUGAUGCUGGCACUUAUACCUGUACUGCAUCUAACUCAUUCACGGGUUUGACAUGUACUGCAACCAAAAAUAUUAUAAUCUAUGGGCCAGUGUCCAAACCUACCAUUGUCACCUCCAACAUUACUGCAGUGGAGACCAAGGACUUCUCAUUGACAUGCCAGGCUACAGGUCAAAUUCAUGCUUACCAGUGGUUCAUAAACGGAGUUGCCCCAGCUGGUAGCAGGAUACAGCUGUCGCCAGAUAAGAGGACACUCACUCUCAGCAGGCUCACAAGAAGAGAUAACAAAGGGCCAUAUGAGUGUGAAAUCCGGAAUCCAUUUUAUAGCAAUAGGAGUGAUGCAUUCACACUGGAUGUUGCCUAUGGCCCUGAUAUUGCCACAAUUGACCAUAUAAGCGAUCAGUUCACAACGGGGAUAAAUGUUACCUUGAGCUGUGUUGCUGAUUCUAACCCACCAGCACAAUUCACUUGGUUACAGAAUGGACAAUCUGUCAGCAACUCAGCCUCAUUUUCUAUUAUUACAUCCCUGAAUCAUAUCGGAAACUAUACCUGUAUUGCAACUAACUCAUUUACUGGCUUGACGCGCACUGCAAACAAGACUCUUAUGAUCUAUGCGCCACUGUCCAAACCUACCAUUCUCACCUCCAACAAUACUGAAGUGGAGACCAAAGACUUCUCAUUGACCUGCUAUGCUACAGGUCAAAUUCACGCUUACAAGUGGUUCAUAAACGGAGUUGCCCCAGCUGGUCGCAGGAUACAGCUGUCGCCAGAUAGGAGGACACUCACUCUCCGCAGUCUCACAAGAAGCGUUAACAAAGGGCCCUAUGUGUGUGAAAUCGAGAACCCAUUUUAUCGCAAUAGGAGUGAUCCAUUCACACUGGAUGUUGCCUAUGGCCCAGAUAUCGCCACAAUUGUACAUUCAGCAGAUGAGUACCCUACUGCUGCAAAUAUUACCUUGAGCUGUGUUGCUGAUUCUAACCCUGCAGCACAAUUCACUUGGUUACACAAUGGACAACCAGUCAGCAACUCAGCCACAUUUUCUAUUAUUGCAUCCCUGAGUGAUGCUGGCACUUAUACCUGUACUGCAUCUAACUCAUUCACUGGUUUGACGUGUACUGCUACCAAGAAUAUUACAAUCUAUGCGCCACUGUCCAAACCUACCAUUGUCACCUCCAACAUCACUGCAGUGGAGACCAAGGACUUCUCAUUGACAUGCCAGGCUACAGGCCAAAUUCACGCUUACCAGUGGUUCAUAAACAGAGUUGCCCCAGCUGGUAGCAGGAUACAGCUGUCGCCAGAUAAGAGGACACUCACUCUCAGCAGGCUCACAAGAAGAGAUAACAAAGGGCCAUAUGAGUGUGAAAUCCGGAAUCCUAUUUAUAACAAUAGGAGUGAUCCAUUCACACUGGAUGUUGCCUAUGGCCCUGAUAUUGCCACAAUUGACCAUAUAAGCGAUCAGUUCGCAACGGGGAUAAAUGUUACCUUGAGCUGUGUUGCUGAUUCUAACCCACCAGCACAAUUCACUUGGUUACAGAAUGGACAAUCUGUCAGCAACUCUGCCUCAUUUUCUAUUAUUACAUCCCUGAAUCAUAUCGGAAACUAUACCUGUAUUGCAACUAACUCAUUUACUGGCUUGACGCGCACUGCAAACAAGACUCUUAUGAUCUAUGCGCCACUGUCCAAACCUACCAUUCUCACCUCCAACAAUACUGAAGUGGAGACCAAAGACUUCUCAUUGACCUGCAAUGCUACAGGUCAAAUUCACGCUUACAAGUGGUUUAUAAACGGAGUUGCCCCAGCUGGUCGCAGGAUACAGCUGUCGCCAGAUAGGAGGACACUCACUCUCCGCAGUCUCACAAGAAGAGAUAACAAAGGGCCCUAUGUGUGUGAAAUCGAGAACCCAUUUUAUCGCAAUAGGAGUGAUCCAUUCACACUGGAUGUUGCCUGUGAGUAAAUUUGUUCUUCCUAUAUGGUGCCUGCUUAUAGCUUGGUGGUGUG